AUGGCCGCCAGCCCAGCCCGCGGCCCGCUCGUCCUCGUGUCCAGCCGCGCCGUCAUCCCCCAGCCGGGAGGCGGGCUGGCCGUCUCGCCCGCCACCGUCGCCGUGUGCCCCGCCUCCGGCAAGAUCACGUCGGUGGUGCCGGCCGUCCUCCCGCGCAGCAGCUUCCCCCCCGACGCCACGUACGUGGACCAUUCGCCCCGGCUCCUGCUCCCGGGGCUGGUCGACGCGCACGUGCACCUCAACGAGCCGGGCCGCACCGCCUGGGAGGGCUUCUGGACGGGCACCCGCGCCGCCGCCGCCGGGGGCGUCACCACCGUCGUCGACAUGCCCCUCAACGCGGUGCCGCCCACGACGACCGUCGCCGCCCUCGCCGAGAAGCUGGCCGCCAGCAGGGGCCGGUGCUGGGUCGACGUCGGCUUCUACGGCGGCGUCGUCCCCGGAAACGCCGCCCACCUGCUGCCGCUGGUCGAGGCGGGCGUGCGGGGCUUCAAGUGCUUCCUGAUUGAUUCCGGCGUCGACGAGUUUCCCGCCGUGACCGGCGCCGACGUGGCCCUGGCGAUGGAGACGCUCAAGGACGCCGCCACCACGCUCAUGUUCCACGCCGAAAAGGAGGAGGACGUGGAGCACCAGCAGCAGCGUCAGCGGCAGCAGGCGGGCCGCGCCGACGACGCCGACGUCACGGCCUACCAGACCUUCCUGGACUCGCGGCCGCCGGCUCUCGAAACCGCCGCCGUGCGGGACAUCCUCGCCGCCGCACACGUCGCCCCCUCGCUCCACCUGCACAUUGUCCACCUCUCGGCGACGCAGUGCAUCCCGCUCCUCCGAGCCGCCCGCGCCGAGGGCGUCAACGUCACCGCCGAGACCUGCUUCCACUACCUGGGCUUCGCGGCCGAGGACAUCCCCGCCGGCGACACGCGCCACAAGUGCUGCCCGCCCAUCCGCGACCGCCGCAACCGCGACCGCCUCUGGGACGAGCUGCUCGCCCCCGACUCGUGCAUCCGGACCGUCGUGUCGGACCACUCGCCCUGCACGCCGCAGCUCAAGCUCCUGCCCCCGGGGCUCUGUCCCGCCCCCUCCCCCUCCUCCUCCUCCUCCGACGACGACGCCGCCGCCGCCGCCGCCGCAUCAUCCCCCGCCAGCCGCCAGGCCGGGGACUUCCUCUCCGCCUGGGGCGGCAUCUCCUCCGUCGGCCUGGGCCUCUCCAUCAUGCACUCCAUGGCCAAGCGGCGGGGCGGCGCGCCCGCCAUCGCCGACAUUGUCCGUCUCUGCUGCCAGGCCCCGGCGGAGCAGGUCGGGCUGUCGCACCGCAAGGGAGCCCUGCGGCCCGGCCUGGACGCCGACAUUUGCGUCUUUGACGACGCCGACGUGUGGACCUUCUCCCAGCCCGACAUGCGCUGGAAGAACAGGUGCUCGCCGUGGGAGGGCCACGAGUUCACGGGCAGGGUCACCGAGACGUGGUUGCGAGGACGGCGGGUGUUCCAGCUCGGCGGGCCCAACGACGGCUUCGUGGAGCCGACGCCGUCCGGCGAGGCGAUUACCGAGAGGAGAGUCGUCUGA